UGCGUCCUGUUGCAUGCAGGCCUAUGUAAAUUUUAGUGGCGGAGGCAUGGCGCUUAAGCCAAAGAUAGAGUAACAAAUCAGGAAUUUCCCUUCUGCCACUCCAGAGAGCGCAAGAGAAGGACCAAAGUUACGCACGGGCGCGUUUCCCAGGGAGGAUAUUGGAACUCAUCUGUUGAGCUUAGUUAAAAGAAGAAAAAGUUUGACAAAAAUCUAAACAACCUUGUAGACAAGUUAAGGGGAUUUUUGUUUUCUUUUCAUAGGGUGUUAAGCAUUUUGCAGGAUCAUAAUGGAUUAAACUUCACGCACAAGAAGCAUCUAGAAAACCAAAAGUUUGGAUUUUGUGUCCUUUGUCUAUAUAAUUGAAGCUACCGUCGGGAUUGCUGGGUUUUGCUGCAGCUUAGGUGCUGGGACACCUAAAGACCGUGGAUUUAAAGUAUUUUUUUUUUUAUUCCCUGGCCACGUCUGGAUUAUGAAAGAAACAAUAGUGGAAAAACGAGAAGUGAAACCUCGCUGUUAAACAGAGCUGGAGAAAAGGAAAUGUGGAGUGAGAGUGGCGUCUACUUUUAGGAUGCUGCUGCUCUUACAAUGGAAAUGAAGAACUCUUUUAAUGCCGUUGCGCUGCUUUGUCUUUUCUUUUUCUCCGUUUCCAGCCAGGAACUGAACGCUAAAGGCAGGAAUGUGUGCAGAGCACCCGGGUCAUCAGGAUUGGUGUGCUGCAGUGGAUGGGGGCAGCUAGGAGAUGAAUGCCUGACACCCAUCUGUGAAGGGAACUUCACCUGCAAUGAAAAUGAGGUGUGUGUCAGGCCAAAUGAAUGUCGCUGCCGACAUGGAUAUUUUGGACCCAGCUGUGAUGCAAAGUGUCCUCCAAAGUUCUGGGGGCCUGACUGUAAAGGCAAAUGCAGCUGUUUUCCUAAUGGCCAGUGUGAUGACUUGACUGGCAAGUGCACCUGCAACCACAAUCGUUGGGGACCCAAAUGUGAAAAUGCCUGUCAAUGCCAAAAGGGUACUUGUGACCAAGACACAGGAAAAUGUGCAUGUCACCCUGGGGUGUGGGGUUCACUUUGCAACAACAACUGCUAUUGCAGUGUGAACUCUGUCUGCGAUGUCAAUAAUGGGCGAUGUCUGUGUCAUCCUGGAUGGAUGGGAAGAAACUGUGCAAUUCAAUGCAACUGCAAUGGCUCGCCAUGCGAGCAGUACACGGGGCGCUGCCAGUGCAAGGACAGGACGUGGGGUUUGCGGUGUGAUAGAUUAUGUCAGUGUGUCCACGGCAAGUGCAACAAGGCGGACGGCUCAUGUACCUGCACACCAGGAUACCGUGGGAAGUUUUGCAGGGAACCAUGUCCUGCUGGAUUUUAUGGCCAAAACUGCAGAAACAGAUGUGGACACUGCAAAGGUCAGCAGCCUUGUAAGGUGACAGAGGGACGGUGCAUCACCUGUGAUAGAGGUUGGAACGGAACACGGUGUGAUCAGCUCUGCUCCAAAGGCUUCUUUGGGGAAAACUGCCAGGAAGUGUGUCCCACCUGUAAGGAUGGACAUCACUGUGACCCUAUUCAGGGGAAGUGUUCUCACUGUAAUCCUGGCUGGACUGGGGACAGGUGUGAGGUACGCUGCCCCAACGGCACGUAUGGUGAGAACUGCGAGAACAACUGCAGCCACUGUUUUAAUGGCAUCUGUCAUUUUGUUACUGGAGAGUGCCUUUGUGACCCAGGCUUUUAUGGCACCUACUGCAAUAAGACUUGCGAACCUGGCCAAUAUGGAGUCAACUGCAACCAAACCUGCUACUGCAAUGACAAGAAUUGUGAUCCCGUCUCUGGUGCCUGCUAUCUCCAGCCCAACCAACGGAUGGGUGUGAUUACAGCUGGGUCCCUGGUCUCCUUUUUACUGAUUGCUCUUCUCUCCUUACUGUGCUGCUGCUGCCUCUGCAGAGACAAAGACGACCACAACAAAAAAGCCAAGAGGAUUUUGUGCGGACGAUUCAGCCGAAUCAGCACUAAACUUCCCCGUAUUCCACUGAGGCGACAGAAACUGCCCAAAGUAGUCGCACACCACGACCCAGAGAACACCUUUAACUGCAGCUUCAUUGAGCCCCCAUCUGUGGCUGAGCAGCCCUCCCCCUCGUCAUGGUCCUCUCAGGAGUCCUUCUCUUCCUUUGAGAGCGGAGAUGAAGGGCCUGUUUACUGUGUUCCACAUGAAGAAUCCACAAGUGAAAGCAAAGAGAAGCAGAGUCUCAACCCUGUGGCUGAAGACUCAGAGGAUGACCCGUACAAUGAGGAUGCAGGGGAGUACACAUGUCUAAAAGACACAAGUGUACCCAAUGUGGAAAGCAACGAGCAGUCUAUACUCAAGUGCUCUGACAGUGACGUUUCAAAUAGCGGGUCUGAGUCUGCCGUCCAAUAUGCCUGUAUUGCCCGUCCGUCUAAGCAGUCCAAGGAGGAGGAAUGUAAUGGCAAGGAUACUGAUGGUACCCCUACACCAGAAGCCAAGAGUCAUGGAAAACCACCCCCUUCCCCUGGCAAGUCCAAGCCAAGACCACCAGAUCCAUCUACUAAACCUAAAGUAUCAUGGAUACAUGGAAAUGCAACAGGGUCACAAACGCCAGAGCAUCAAGGGGAAAAUAGGGCACUUGCAGGAUCAAACGAAAAAAAGAGGAGCUCUAGUGAUGGCUCGUCAAGAAAUGAGGAACGUAAUAAAAGAAAAGAAAAGAGUCGAGGCCAACAAAAGAAACAUGAUGGAAAUGAGACCAGUGCAAAUGGAUCCCCUGGCAAACACAAACAGAUACAAGGUAAAAAUUCUGGAGAUGAGCACAGCAGUCCAAGUCACAUGGAGCACAUCAAUGGUGUUGUUCAAAAUGCCCUUAAGAUGAUAAGCAGCUUCCGAAGCUCCUCACCUGAAAAAAAGAGUGUUGAAAAUCCAAAACACAGCUCUAAAGAGCCACCCAAGAGCCCUAAAGUCAUCCACCCUCAUAUGAAUUCUGAGGCGGCCACAUUACUGGCUGCACAGCUCAAGGAGAAAACUCAGAGCAUUAACAGGAAUGAGGGGACAGGACUGACAAAGACCAAUGGUCUCUCCCUACCUAAAAAUAAUCAAGAAAAGCCCACACCACCACAAAAAGCCAAGAGGACCAACUCCAGUGGACUUAGCCAACAGGGCUCAACCAAGCCCUUGCUGCCCACAACAAGCAACCUCCAGAAAAUGGUGGCACCUAUCACCAGCAGUUUUGGAACCCCCGAAACUAAGAGCCCGGAGAAGCAGGACUUGAACGGCUCCAAGAUGGGGAACCUGCUGGAUCCUUCACCAAAGAAGACUCCCAUAAAAAAGCCACCAAGGAACAAAGGCAAAGGUAGUAAUCUUGAUACACCUGAUGGUAAAACACCCCAGCAAAAAACAGCCAUAAUGCCACCACAGGUUGUGAAGUAAAUGGUUGAGGAAUUUCUGAACAUAUAUUUUUUUAUAAGACUGAAGUUUUUGUUUCAUACUAGCAGCAACAUAGGUUUUUAAUUAAGGGACAACAUGAGGGCAUUGCCUCCAGGACCACUGAGAAAUAACCUUUGAGAUAAAAGGCACCACAGGAGAAAGGGGUUUUAUGAUAACCAUGACGCAUUUGUUACAUUUCAGGAAUCAUCUUUUUGCCUCUACAUGUAUUGAAGUCACAGCACAACCUGGUCUAAAGUUGAACAUAACUCUGACCAGAGAAAUUAUUUAAAAGUUCAUUCAUCUCAGCUGCUCUGCAGUGAGCACACAAUUAU